GGAAUAUGUGGAUGAGGCGAUGAUCAAUCCUAAAUGGCCAUUAGAGGCAUUUAGACAAUAUAAAGAAGGAUAUUGUGGUCGGUGUGAGUAGGAGUCAAGUGAACGAGGGAAAUUUUUUAGCCAAGGUGUUGAUGGAUGGAAAUCAUAAUGAGCUGUACGUACAACUGUGGGAUUAUAUUGUUGAGAUCAAGAGAACAAAUCCAGGAUCAAGAAUCAUUGUUAAAUGUGAAGAAAACAACAUGAGACAACCAACCAAUAGGUUCAAGAGGUUGUAUUGCUGCUUGGGUCCAUUGAAGAGAGGUUUUCUUGAAGAAUGUAGAUUUGUCAUUUGUCUGGAUGGGUGUUUCCUGAAGAGCCUUUGUCCUGGUCAAUUGCUUGCAACAAUUGGGAUUGAUGCCAAUGCUGGCUUUUAUCCCACGGCAUAUGCCGUUGCUGAAAAAGAAAUCAAGCACACAUGGAGGUGAUUUUUGGAUUUGCUCUGUGAAGACUUUGGAAUAACAUAUCUAGGAUCAUGGACCUUCAUGUCAGACUAG